AUGGAGUCUUCCCGUGGUGAUAGUAGUCCUACUAUCCAUUCCCCUCCACCAUUUUCACGUCUUCCCAGCCCUCCAAUCUCGAAUUUCGAUUUCAAGAUCCACGAGGAUUUCCUUUUGCGCACCAUGGACGACGAGAAUAGUUCUGAUUCCGGAAGGACAGCCGCUGUUCGACAGCCUGACGCUGACGAGUCAACCUUCUUCGACUUACACCCGCCAGCGCCGGAUUCGAAGCAUGUUAAGAUUGAGGAUGUGAUGGCGCGGCUGAUGUCUACUGAACACCUGAACUUUAUUCUAGAUGAUCAAGCUCUCUUUUCUAGGUUCUCGGCUUUCUUGAACCAAUACUACUCACACAUGGUCCCGACCCUCAUUCGAUACCUGGAGAUGAGGAAAGCUGUAAAAGCAAUCGAGUUCGCCAACGCGGUAGCAAGGAGGAUCAGAUGGCCUUCACAUACCGACACUGCGAAGUUCAGUCGCAUACAAGCGGGUGCGGUAGAUGUACGAUUCGAAGACUACGCUGCGAGAGAAUUACUCUUGUUAUGCUCUGAAGCGUUGCCUGCUUUUGUUACGCAUACGGUGGUGGAUGUUGUUGCGGAUUGUAUAAUCAAGGAUAUUUCUGGACAGGUCAUACCCGUAGUGAGGGAUCUUGUGGGAAGUUUGGCGGAGGUGUUUUGUCUUACGGAUCCUUCGUUACAUGAUAAUCCAAUCAUUUAUGCUUCAGAAGAAUUUCACAAAACCACCCAAUAUGGCACCACCUACGCAAUUAAUCGAAACUGUCGAUUUCUCCAAGGUCCAGCAACUGACAAGAAUACCACCAUGAGGAUAACACGAGCCGUCUCGCUUGGAAGAGAAUGUAACGAACUCUUACUCAACUACCGCAGAGAUGGAACACCAUUCAUCAAUCUCCUAAUGUGCGCUCCCCUCUACGAUGACCGCGGCACCAUCCGCUACUUCAUCGGCGCGCAGAUAGACGUUACAGGGCUUAUUUCAGAAGGCAUGGGCAUCGAGUCCUUCCGCUCUCUUCUCCAGAAGCCAGAACAAGAAACAGAUCGACGUUCAUACGACACCACUCAAUCUAAGCGCGUCAAAGACACACUCGACAGAUUACAGGAACUAACCCAGAUGUUCAGCCACGACGAGAUGGAAGUAGUAUCCAAGAUGGGCCGUAGUGACGACUCUACCGACACGAGUUCCAUCCGCUCAGGCGUCCCAACAAGCGUCAAAUAUAGAAACCGCGCGAAGAGGAUUAUAGGAGCAGACGAGAUGUUAGGCGAGGGCUUGAAUCUGUCACAAGUUAACUUGAGUACUUCGCAGCACCACUCCCUCCCAGGCGCCUAUCAGCACUACCUCCUCGUCCGCCCCGCCCCCUCCCUCCAAAUAACCUUCGUCUCCCCAUCCCUCCGCAUCCCCGGCCUCCUACGCACCCAUCUCUUCUCCAAACUCGGCGGCCCCGCCGCCACCAUCUCCGCCCUCCAAGACGCCUUCCGCGACGGCGCCGCCGUAACCGCCAAAGUGCUCUGGCUCCCGAAAAACGCGCAAUCUGGGGAGCGGCGUGCCGGUCAGGAGGUGCGACCGAGAUGGAUCCGCUGUACGCCGCUGCUAGGCAGUGAUGAUCGCGUGGGCGUCUGGAUGAUCAUCCUCGUGCCGAUUGAGGAGAAAGUCAGGUUUGGACGGAGGGAUGUGCAUGUUGGGGGCAUGGUGGAUGAGUUUGCGGUGGAGAGGAUGAGGUUGGCGAGGAGUGAGAGUGGGACGCCGACGGGGUCGAGGAGGGGCGGGAGUGUGGACCAGGCUGGGAGGUUGCCGCCGCGGGUGAGUAGUCGGAGUAGGGCCCCGAGUGUGAGGGAUGGGGAGUUGUAUGCUGAGUACAUGAAGGAUUCGAGUCCGCCGAGGGGGUAG